AGUACUUGAAAGGGACAAGUCCCUUUGGUUCGGCCUUGGCCUGUGACCCAGUUCUCAGGAGAACUUGCGGCGUGACCUUGGGCUAAUGGUCUCUCCGCUGUGCCUCAGUGACCGGAUCUGCAAACCUCGGGAGAUCGAGUCAUCCUUAGGACCCUCCCAACCCUGACAUCCUCUGACUCGCCUCUUGGAGAACGCCGGCUGCCAGAUUCAGCAGCAGAAGCGGACAGCUAGCUGGGCCUUAACAAAGAGCGGGGUCUCGGGCAGGUUCCCGCCCCCGGCAGGUUUUGGAAAAUCCUUGCGGCCGAGGGGCGGGGUUUCGCGCCGCAGCCAAUCACCAAGGGUCCGGGCCACCGGGGCGGGGCCUCCGCGAGUUGCCGCGGCGGGCAGGCUGGGUCCGAGCAUCAAGCUGCCCUGGAGCCCCAGGCCUGGACAUGGCGACCGUCCGGCCCUCCCCGCGAGGCGCGCUGCUGCUUCUCCUGACGGUGGCUGGGGUCGCGGAGGUGGCAGGGGGCCUGGCCCCGGGCAGUGCGGGUGCACUGUGUUGUAAUCACUCAAAGGAUAACCAGAUGUGCCGUGAUGUUUGUGAACAGAUAUUUUCCUCAAAAAGUGAAUCGCGACUAAAACAUCUGUUGCAGCGAGCCCCAGAUUAUUGCCCUGAGACAAUGGUUGACAUUUGGAGUUGUAUGAAUUCAUCUUUGCCAGGUGUGUUUAAGAAGUCUGAUGGCUGGGUUGGCUUAGGCUGCUGUGAACUGGCUAUUACCUUGGAAUGUCGACAGGCAUGCAAGCAGGCAUCGUCAAAAAAUGAUAUUUCCAGAGUUUGCAGAAAAGAAUAUGAGAAUGCUCUUUUCAGUUGCAUUAGCAGAAAUGAAAUGGGAUCAGUUUGUUGCAGUUAUGCAGGCCAUCACACAAACUGCCGAGAAUACUGUCAAGCCAUUUUCCGAACAGAUUCUUCUCCUGGUCCUUCUCAGAUCAAAGCAGUGGAAAAUUAUUGUGCCUCUAUUAGUCCACGAUUAAUACACUGUGUGAACAAUUACACCCAGUCUUAUCCAAUGAGGAACCCAACAGAUAGUUUGUAUUGCUGUGACAGAGCUGAAGAUCAUGCUUGCCAAAGUGCCUGCAAGAGAAUUCUGAUGUCUAAGAAAACAGAAAUGGAGAUUGUCGAUGGCCUCAUCGAGGGUUGUAAGACCCAGCCUUUGCCUCAGGAUCCACUUUGGCAGUGUUUUCUUGAAAGCUCACAGUCUGUUCACCCUGGAGUCACUCUGCAUCCUCCUCCCUCUACAGGCCUUGAUGGUGCUAAACUGCAUUGUUGUUCUAAAGCAAACACUUCAACAUGUAGAGAACUGUGUACUAAACUUUAUAGCAUGAGCUGGGGCAAUACACAGAGUUGGCAAGAGUUUGAUCGCUUUUGUGAAUAUAAUCCAGUGGAAGUGUCCAUGUUGACCUGUUUAGCAGAUGUCCGGGAACCUUGCCAGUUGGGCUGUAGAAACCUUACUUACUGCACUAAUUUUAACAACAGGCCAACAGAACUUUUCAGGAGUUGCAAUGCUCAGUCAGAUCAAGGAGCCAUGAAUGACAUGAAGCUGUGGGAAAAAGGAAGCAUAAAGAUGCCAUUUAUCAACAUACCUGUUCUUGACAUUAAAAAGUGCCAACCAGAAAUGUGGAAAGCAAUAGCUUGUUCGCUGCAGAUUAAGCCUUGUCAUAGUAAAUCACGGGGCAGUAUUAUUUGCAAAUCGGAUUGUGUAGAGAUUCUCAAGAAAUGUGGGGACCAGAACAAAUUCCCUGAAGACCACACAGCUGAAAGUAUUUGUGAGCUUCUGUCACCCACAGAUGACCUGGAGAAUUGCAUACCUUUGGAUACAUACCUCAGGCCAAGUUCUUUAGGUAACAUUGUAGAAGAGGUGACUCAUCCUUGUAACCCAAACCCUUGCCCUGCUAAUGAGCUCUGUGAGGUAAACCGGAAAGGGUGUCCAUCUGGUGAUCCCUGCCUUCCAUACUCUUGUGUUCAGGGCUGCAAAUUGGGAGAAGCAUCUGAUUUUAUUGUCCGUCAAGGGACACUGAUCCAGGUGCCAUCAUCUGCAGGGGAAGUUGGUUGUUAUAAAAUUUGCUCAUGUGGGCAAAGUGGACUCUUAGAAAACUGUAUAGAGAUGCACUGUAUAGACCUUCAGAAGUCUUGUAUUGUUGGAGGAAAAAGAAAAAGUCAUGGAACUUCCUUUAAUGUCGACUGCAAUAUCUGUUCUUGUUUUGCUGGCAAUUUGGUGUGUUCUACCCGCCUGUGUCUCAGUGAGCACAGCUCAGAAGAUGACCAUCGUACCUUCACAGGUCUGCCCUGCAACUGUGCAGAUCAGUUUGUCCCCGUUUGUGGGCAGAAUGGACGCACUUACCCCAGCGCCUGCAUUGCUCGCUGUGUGGGCCUCCAGGACCAUCAGUUUGAGUUUGGAUCAUGCAUCUCAAAGGAUCCAUGUACUCCUAAUCCCUGCCCAAAAAACCAAAGAUGCGUACCCAAACCACAAGUCUGCCUGACGACAUUUGAUAAAUUUGGAUGUAGCCAAUAUGAGUGUUUGCCAAGACAGCUCACCUGUGACCAGGUCCGAGAUCCUGUUUGUGAUACAAACCACAUGGAGCACAGCAAUCUCUGCACUUUGUACCAGAGAGGGAAAAGCCUCUUAUACAAAGGCCCGUGCCAGCCUUUUUGCAGGGCCCCGGAGCUCAUCUGUGGGCACAACGGGGAGACCUACAGCAGCGUGUGUGCUGCCUACUCGGACCGGGUGGCCGUCGAUUACUAUGGGCCCUGCCAGGCUGUUGGGGUCCUCUCCGAGUACGGUUCUGUGGCUGAGUGUGCUGCUGUGAAGUGUCCUUCACUCUCAGCGACUGAGUGCAAACCCAUCAUCCCACCUGGUGCUUGUUGCCCAUUAUGUGCUGGAAUGUUAAGAGUUUUGUUUGACAAAGAAAAACUGGAUACUAUUGCUAAGGUUACAAACAAAAAGCCAAUCACAGUUCUGGAAAUACUUCAGAAGAUCCGCAUGCACGUGUCUGUCCCACAGUGUGACGUGUUUGGGUACUUCAGCAUUGAGUCAGAAAUUGUGAUCCUUAUCAUUCCUGUGGACCAUCAUCCAAAGGCUUUACAGAUUGAGGCCUGCAAUAAGGAAGCAGAGAAGAUCGAAUCUCUUAUCAACUCUGACAGCCCCACUCUGGCGGCCCACGUCCCUCUGUCUGCCCUGGUCAUCUCCCAGGUGCAGAUCUCCAGCAGCAUGCCCUCAGCCGCCCCAAGGGCCUGGCCUCCCCAUCACUCCCGCCUCUUCCUCCUCAGCCUGGGCCUCACCUUCCACAGGGUCUGGAGACAAAACUGAUGCCCAUGAAAACUGCAAAAUAGUCCUUGAUCUAAUUUUCUUACUUUGGAAAAAACAUAUAGGACUGCUGGUUUGUAGUUGAAUAGUGGCCAAGGCAAAGCACUUGUUACCUCUAACCUCUGUUCACCAUACAGUAUUUUUCUUAAUUACCAGUAUUAGUAAGGAUUUUGCCUUGUUUCUACAAGUGUUACAAUAUAUUCUUCCAAAUACUAAGGAAAAGAGGAUGUUUCCUUCUGGUGGAUCACUGACUGCCUUACAAUUUACAUUUUGCUCGUUAGAUGGGUCCCCCACCCAAAACAAAUUAUAUAUCAUUGAUAAAUGAGAUGAUCACUUUUUAGAAAGACAGCUCACUUUAACUAUGGACUUCGUAUCACAGAAACUUCAUUUCAGAGUUCUUCCGGUAUUAAGGUGCCCCUAGUGUGUGUGUGUUUGUUUACAGAUAAUUCCCUACUCUGUCUAGAAGUGAGGAGUCACAGUGAAGAGCCACUGUAUUAGAGUAUGAGAAAAAGAUAAGGCAUCUUUGGAAUUAUCAUAUAAGUCAUCAGGCAAAUUUAAUUUAUAGAAAUCUAAUUCAGAAUCCAUUUAAUGUGUUAAGUAAGCAAAAGUAGGCUAAGUAAAUGGCACUCACAUGAUAUAUUGUACCUAAGUGAUAGUCUCAGUGGUUCUUAAAGUGUGUCUGUGACUUCUGUGAAAGGGAGAAGUUAUAUUGCAUCAAAGCAUCUUGUAUUAUGCAUUUUUAUAUUAACAGAUGUAUAUCUUUUGGUAUCAUCCAAGUUAAAUGUUGAGUUUUUAAACAUUAACCUUUAAACCAAUUGCUGCUACUUAUGUAAUUGCCAAAAAGUGAAAUAAUUAGUAGUUCAUGUAAAUAAUACAUGAUUUUUCUAUUUUAUUAUGAAGAAGGUGAAUAGCCAUAUUUGUAAAAUGACAAUCAUGUGUGUUAACCCAGUACUUUCCGUUCAUGAAGAUACAUUUGUUUUUUGUGAUAUGCACAAUGUAGGUAAGUGUUCUGUUUUUCUUUUUUGAUACAGAUUUAUAAAGAAGUGUGGUUUAUAUAUUUAAAAGUGUCAAUCUAAGUAUUAAAAUGUUUGCAUGUUGUCUAAGAAAUUGAAUACUUUGAAUGUGUUUCACAGUUUUAAAUAAGCUAUUCAGUGUAAUACUUCUUGUUUAUAUGCACCUAAACUUAGAAUUUACAUGAAGUGUUUUUCUCAGUGUUAUAUAUAUGUACCCUCUGAAAGAUAUAGGGUUAUGCUUAUUAUACCAAAAUGUUGUUUAAAAGUGGGCACUUAAAGCUUUCAGAAUUUCUCAGUGCUGAUGUAGCAUGUUUGUUGCAAUUGCUAUAAAUCUCUUCAAUGCAAUAUACUGGAAAGCUUUUCUAUUUUAAUAAAAUAAUUUUAUAUGAU